UAGACGACUUGCUCCGCAACAUCGUCCUACGUUUCUUGGAUGUUUCACCAAAUGAGUUCUCUGCGGAUGUCCCUUUUACAUCAUACGGCCUCGAUUCGUUAUCCGCAGGGCGCCUUGCUUUUGCUCUUCGCCCGUACCUGACCGUAUCACAGAUGCAGCUGCUCGCUGACUAUACUUUGAUUGACGUUAUACGCUGCGCUAUGAAAGUACAGCCGACAAAAACCCUUGCUGAGAAAGUAUCAUCAGCUAGCUACUCUCCUUUGGACCGACUCAAUGCGGAUGGAGAAGCACUGUUGAAACUCUUGGAUCUUGGCGGCGAGCCCUUAAUUCUUAUGCAUGGUGGCAGUGGCAACGUCCUCGCAUUCUUACCACUUCAACAUUUACUCAGGAGUUCACUGUGGGCUUUGCAAAUCACCCCCGACACACCCACAGACUCUGUCAAAUCCAUGUCUAGACAUUACUACGAGAAAAUCAAGGCUGCACGACCAGCGGGGCCUUAUCGUCUUGGCGGUUUCUCUGCCACGAGUAUUGUACUCUUCGCUCUUGCAAAGCUCUUCGAAGAAGGUCACGACGUUGUCACACAGAUCAUUGUCUUCGACCACUUCCCCCUUUUGUACACUUCACCCAUGUUCGAACCAGAUGAAGAAACUGUCUCUCUGAGGUCUCCUGGGCCUGAUAUGAUUCGUCAUGCCCUCUCCUCCGUCUCCGGCUUAUAUAGAGCUGAUAAUGCCCAACGCCAGAAGAUUGCAGCCGACUUCGAGGAUGCCGUCAAUGGACACGAUGCUCCGGAAUAUAUGACAGCGUGGUAUAAUGCGUUCUUGCGGGUUGCUGUCACUGCAUAUAAAUUCAUGUUUGAAAUACUCCCUACCAAUGAACCGUAUUCACUCACGCUGUUGCGGGAUGCAAUGGUGGAAUGGCUGAAGGAGGUGAAGGCACCAGUGACAACGUGUCUCGCGACUCGAGGAAUUAUCUCAACUAUUCCAGAGGACGCUAAAGCAGGAUGGGAAGACUUGGGAACUCGGAAGGUGUUCCCUCAGGCAGAACUGAUCGAGAUCGAGGGCACGCACUUCAGUAUAUUCGAGUCGGAAGUAAUUGUAGAUCUUAUUGACAGGUAUCACCAGCCUCAAACAUGACAUAUAUGAAAGCCCGACUUCUGGACGGUGAAUACAGAGAAAACAUAUGUCUAAUGUCUUGGACCCAUACACACCCUCCGGACGGUUUGAUGAGAACGAGGGUAGAUAGCCCUGUUACGUAGUAGCUAUUUAAGCAAAAGUACUAGUAC